UCCAAAACACUGAAGAUUACAGCAAACUCAAUUUGAGAGUAAGUUUAGUAUGUAAACUUCAUGUACUUUAAAGUAUAGUACAGCGAAAGUGCGAUUAUCUAUAUUGAAUGUUUUAGCCUAGGUAACUAGAUUUCCAGUAAAGAGUAAAUUAUCAAGACUAAUCUCUCUUGGCAGUUUAUACUUAUUUAAUACUUUCCAAAACCGAAUGAUUUAUUUAGAAAAAAUACUUAACUGCCAGUUCAUAGAAACUAAAUCAAACUUGUUAUAAUGUUAACCAAAACACCAAUGGAUGACUCUUAUAAUAUUUGCGUAUUAACAGACAUUGUUUGCGGACUACACCACGGAUGUCUUUGGAACAGCAGCGUUUGCGUUGAAACAAACGCUAUACGCACCGGAGAGGAUCCUAUGAGGACUAUAACAGAGGCCUACAUGACUUUCAAUUGGUUCAGAGGCCUCUCCUGGAGCAGCAUAUUUUUCUUCCCAGAGUUGACAAAAUUCUUCAAGUAGACCUUUUACCACCUUAAAUAACACACAUACAGUAUAAGAACUUAUAUUUGUAACUACCCUCGAAAUGUCGAAAAUCUCAUUAUGACCGGAUUUGAUAUCUAAGUCAUGCCUCAAAGUUCAUUUGCAGUCUAAUUUAACUAGUACAUUGGUCAUAGAACCUCGACCUCGUUUCGACUCGUCCCUCGCACAUUACGUCUGAUGUCAGCGAUGUUGCCUUUUUAUAAUAAUAAUAAAAUAUUUAUUAUAAGGUAGAUGAUCUGCAACUUCGAAUCCGAAACUAAUUAUUAACAAUAUCAUUUAUGUACAUAUAGCAUAUUGUAUUAUAUAUUUUAGGGAAAAUUUCUGGCUAUGUAAAGUUUAUAUGUACGGUCGUCUUUUUCAGUUUUACGUUAUUCCCAAAAUGGUCGACAGACUACUUUGAAAAAGUGUUUGCCAUUGUCGUUGCACGGAGGAAAGACAAGAUUAUCAAAGACCCUACGGACCUGGUAGAUGCUUUACUCAAAAUGAAACAAGAUGGGCCAGUUAUAGAUGGAGUAGCAAUUACCGACGAUGUUGUAAUAUCGAAUGCGGCGUCAAUGCUUCUAGGAGGAUUUGAAACAUCAGGAUCUGCACUUACUUUUACUUUAUACCAUUUGGCGUAUGAGCCCGAUAUUCAACAAAAAAUAUAUGAAGAAGUCUCGAAAAUUUAUGGCCAAUAUGGAAAAUUUGAAAUAUCGACACUUUUGGAAUUAAAUUAUCUAAAUUCUGUUAUCAAAGAGACACUGCGGCUCUACUCCCCAAUGGGUUGGCUAGAUAGAAUACCGUCACAAGACUACCAAAUUGACGACAAAUUAACAAUUAAAAAGGGCACACCAGUAUAUGUAAACGCUAUCGGCAUGCAAUAUGACCACAACUUCUUUCCAGAACCAUUAAAAUACGACCCAGAAAGGUUCAUGCCAGGAAAUGAGGAAAAUAUUAAACCAUUUACAUAUUUACCAUUUGGGGAAGGACCUAGGAUAUGCGUAGGAAUGAGAUUUGGCUUAAUGACCGUUCGUCACGCAAUAUCAAAUUUGAUAUUGAAAUACAAAUUCGAACCAAUACCUGGUGCGCCGAAGCCCACAGAAGUCGAACUUGAGACGAAGGUGUUUUUCUUGGUCCCUGGACAACAUAUGGCCAUUAAUUUUAUACCUAGAAACGAGUAAAACAUUCUGCUUGAUAAAAUACUGAAAUUAAUAAAUAACCACAAGGCUUCCUAAUAUGCACAUCGCAUAAUGUAUCACUCUACGACAAUAAAAGAAGGUUCUAGAAAAUCGAACUUAUUCACAUUUGUGUUCACAUUUUUCUAAAUCUAGAAUAUAUUAUAGCGUAGAGAUGUGGGGUCACUCUGCAUCUUCUACCGCAUUUACCAUGGAGAGUGUUCAGAGGAGUUGUUCGGAUUAAUA